AUUGAAGCUGAAUGGUACAUUACUUUUUAUAUUCAGUACUGUUAUUGGGAAAGUAAAUUUUAAGUAAAUUUUGUACAAGGCUCAAAUAAUGAUGAAUAUAAAGCAAUUUUUGUUCAGCGGAACUAUGGCGUUGUCUGUUUGUAUAGCGGUAUCAUGUCUGAGCGUUAUUGUGUCUGUGCAAGGACAGACUCUACAUCCAUUUUGGUAUCCAUCAAUCUGCGCACCACCGAACCAAACCAUUCUCGAUCCUGCCUUACCGGCAGCCACAAAAAUGCCACAGUUACCCUAUAUACCAGACACGUUCCAACUGCGUGUAGAGGCCAACAUCAUUGACAAGCAGACGACAUGGUCCGCGGAAGAAUAUUAUGACGAUAACAAUAACCGCGCGGCAUUAAGACUUUUAAGAAAUAAAUCUAUGGACUACAUGAUAUUCGACUACACUAACAAUCAGAUCAUAUACGAUGUCAACGGCAACUGUUCUGUUACUACUUUGAAUAGAGACCCGUAUGGUAAUGAGAUUAUCUCCGGUAUGAAAGCUUCUGGAGGAGGCGGUGGGAUACCCCAUAUAUAUACCACUAGUUCAGCGCUUCAUUUUGCUAAGUCAAAUGGUUUGGUGUAUAAGGGGACAAAAAUUGUUCGAGGAAUCAAUUGUGACUGGUGGCAGUCAUGUAUGUACUGGCCUAACUUAGCGGCUAAUUUUACCCUGGACUACUACUUUUCUGCAUAUAACUGGACAGCGCCUGAUUUAUCCAAUCAAGUUCCCGUGUUAGCAGAAAUACAGGGCGUUACAUUAGGUGCUAUACCUUUCCACCAUACUUACGAGUAUUUUGACUACAGAAGCCAUAUCUGGGACAGUGAUUCCGUUUUCGAUACUCCACAAGGUAAAGUGUGUCCAGACAGGAAGCAGACGAGAAAAGUUCCUGUUCUGUCAGGACAAUAUUCCUACAGAGAAGAAAUUGUAGACACAAUGAAUCUUGCUGUAUCGCAGGCGGCUGUUUACUAUGAUUAUACAUAUAGUCUUGUAAGAUUUGACUAUACACCGCCUUUCUCAAGGUACCCGUACUAUGCGACCAACCCUGUGAGCGAGAUUCAUGAUUAUUCCUCAGGUAUUGCAUACGCCAUUGACAACUACCUUGGAAACUGCACCAUGAUUCCAAUCCAAAAUACGACAUUCGAUGGAUCCAUACAAAUGUCUGUCAGUGCAAAUCAAAGUGAACAGUUCUACGUCCACAUGAAAUCUCCUUCAAAGCUUUUCUACCUGGAUAAUACUACGUAUUCUUAUGAGGGAAUGAGGGUGGUUAGAGGCAUUCUUUGCGACGUUUUCAUCUCCAAAAGAACUGAUUUCCAUCUACCAAAUUACCCCAACUUCACAUCAACAUUUGAGUUUUACUUUAUGAAUUCUGAAUGGAUAGCCAGCAACUCCCUUGGUGCUAAGUCAAAAGCAAACACUGAUACUCCUGUUCAACUCAAAAUUACAACUCCAAACUGGGUUGGGUAUCAGGCAAUGUACAACAUAUACAGUUUUGAUUCCGAAGACCAGUCGUACAACAGAUUUUCAAUUGCUCAAUGCUUCAACGACUCUUCAAAGAAAACUUGUAAGAUAGAGUUUCCAGGGCAAUCGAACGACAGUCUAGUAGGGUACCAAACACGAUUUAUCAGGCAGAUAACUAACAGGAUAUCAUCAAUAGCUAAUAUUUCACAUAUACGUAUUCAGAAUGGACAGUUUCAUGCAGAUUUGGACAGGUUUCAUUUUGUGGCUACGCUUCUAGAAUUGCCGCCACCUAUUGGAACAAGACAGACAGCCAGUCUUGAUCUUCCACUGGCUGAUGCUUGGAAAAGUCUAAGAAAAGAUGUCCAAUCUGGAAAUUUUAAUAUUACAGUCGUUAUAAAUGGAAAGCCAACUGCAUUCAAGGCAGCGUCAAUAGACGAUUAUGUCCUUCAGAAUGCUGGAUGCCCGACAACAGAGUUGACAUCUUCCAGUCCAAGUCCUUGUAUAAGUAAACCCUUAAAGUCUGAAAAUCCUUCUCCUUCAAGUGACAAACGUUUAUCAACAGGUCAAGUUGUGGGCGUGGCAUUUGGUACAUUUGUGAUGGGAAUCCUUAUCACUAUUUUUGCAUAUGCUGGAUUUGCGAAAAUUCAAAGAAAACUAAAAGUGACAAAGGUACAAGACAUGAAGUUGCAUUGAGUGAAUUAAAAAUUGAUAAUCUGUAACAACACUUCAGAGUUGGCUUUGACCGUGUGUUAUGUGUGAUUUCAGUGUUGCAUUUUCUACCAAAUAUUUUCUAUAGAAUAUGUUAUGUAACUUUAACAUAGAGUGGCGAUUACAUGUGACCUACUAGACAUUUGCGAAUUAAAUCUACGUGAAUUGCGGACACCUAUGACGAUCGAUUUUUCAAGGGGAUUGUCUCAACAUAAUUUGAAUAUAUUAUGUAGGAAAAAUAGUUUAUAACGGCAAUAGGGUUUCGAUUAUAUUAUAUCAUCACUAUGUGGCAGGUGAUAUAAAUUUGGAUGUGCCUGUUUUUAGCUCGCCUUUUCGAAGAAAAAGUAGAGCUAUUGCACUCGCUCCUGCGUUGGUCUCGCCGUUAGUUGAAGUUUUUGAUAAAGUCAAAUAUCCCUGUAACUAUCAAAGCUAUUGACUUGAAACUUAAAAUACUUAUUUAUUAUCAACAUCUGCACCAGGAGAAACAAUCCCUAAAACUCUGAUUUGAAUUUUGACAGAAUAAUACCCUCUUUUAAAUUAGAAUUGGUGGUUAAAGUUUUUGAUCAAGUCAAAUAUCUCUGUUACUAUGAAAAGCUGUUGACUUGAAACUUAAAAUAGUUAAUUACUAUCGAAGUCUACACCAGGAAAAACAAUCGCCAUAACUCUGAUUUGAAUUUUGACAGAAUUAUGUCUCUUCUUAACUUAGAAUUUUUGGUUAUAGUUUUUGAUAAAGUCAAACAUCAGAGGACGGGAGCAAAAUUUAAAGAACUUUAUUGUUGAAGCCCUAAGGAAAAGGACAACAAAGGGAAGAAAUUCCCCGAAAAACUCCAAGUCCACCUAAAUCAUUACCAGGUACAGAUAUGUCAAAAUACACCUUAACUUUGCAGGUACCCUCCAUGUUGUACCAAAGAAAAGUGGUCUCAGUUUUUACCUACGGCCAAUAAUAAACAAGAGGACCAUGAUGGUCCUUUAUCGCUCACCUGUCCCCGCAUGAACUAAGUAUGACGUCGUUUAUUCUGACCAAUUUUCAUCAAGACCCAUUGAAAAAUAUGACCUCUAGAGAGGUCACAAGGUAUUUCUAUUAUUUGACAUAAUGACCUGGUUUUUGAAGGCAUGUAACCCAGUUUUGUACUUGACCUAGAUAUCAUCAAGGUGAACAUUCUCACCAAUUUUCAUGAAGAUCUCAUGAAAAAUAUGGCCUCCAGAGAGGUCACAAGGUUUUUCUAUUUUCAGACUUACUGACCUAGUUUUUGACCGCACAGGACCCAGUUUUGAAGCUGACCUAAAUAUUAUCAAAGUGAACAUUCUCACCAGCUUUCAUGAAGAUCCAUUGAAAAAUAUGCCCUCUAGAGUGGUCAAAAGGUUUUUCUAUGUUUAGAUUUAGUGACCUAGUUUUUGACUGCAGUUGACCCGGUUUCAAACUUGACCUAGAUAUCAUCAAGAUGAACAUUCAGACCAACUUUCAUACAGAUCCCAUGAAAAAUAUGGCCUCUAGAGUGGUCCCAAGGUUUUUCUAUUAUUUGACCUACUGACCUAGCUUUUGACUGCACGUGACCCACUUCUGAACUUGACUUAGAUAUCAUCAAGGUGAACAUUCUGACCAAUUUUCAUGCAGAUCCCAUGAAAAAUAUGGCCUCUACAGAGGUCACAAGGUUUUUCUAUUAUUUGACCUAGUGACCUAGUUUUGGACCGCACGUGACCCAGUUUCAAAUUUAAUCUAAAUAUCAUCAAGGUGAACAUUCUGACCAAUUUUCAUGCAGAUCCCAUGAAAAAUAUGGCCACUACAGAGGUCACAAGGUUUUUCUAUUAUUUGACCUACUGACCUAGUUUUUGACCGCAUGUGACCCAGUUUCAAACUUGACCUAAAUAUCAUCAAGAUGAACAUUCAGACCAAUUUUCAUAAAAAUCCCAUGAAAAAUAUGGCCUCUAGAGAGGUCACAAGGUUUUUCUAUUUUUAGACCUACUGACCUAGUUUUGGACCGCACAUGACCCAGUUUCGAAUUUUAACUAGAUAUCAUCAAGAUAAACAUUUUGACCAAAUUUCAUGAAACUCUCAUGAAAAAUAUGGCCUCUAGCGAGGUAACAAGGUUUUUCCAUUAUUCAACCUACUGACCUACUUUUUGAUGACACGUGUCCCACUUUCGAACUUGACCUAGAUAUCAUCAAAGUAAACAUUCUGACCAAUUUUUAUGAAGAUCCAUUCAAAAGUAUGGCCUCUACAGAGGUCACAAGGUUUUUCUAUUUUUAGACCUACUAACCUAGUUUUUGACCACACGUGACCCAGUUUCGAACUUGACCUAGAUAUCAUCAAGAUAAUCAUUCAGACCAACUUUCAUACAGAUCCCAUGAAAAAUAUGGCCUUUAGAGAGGUCACAAGGUUUUUCUAUUAUUUGACCUACUGACCUAGUUUUUGAUGGCACGUGACCCAGUUUCAAACUUGACCUAGAUAUCAUCAAGGUGAACAUACAUUCUGACCAAUUUUCAUGAAGAUCUUGUGAAAUAAAUGGCCUCUAGAGAGGUCACAAGGUUUUUCUAUCUUUAGACCUACUGACUUAGUUUUUGACCGCACGUGACCCGGUUUCAAACUUGACCUAGAUAUCAUCAAGGUGAACAUUCUGACCAAUUUUCAUAAAGAUCCCAUGAAAAAUGUGACCUCUAGAGUGGUCACAAGCAAAAGUUUACGCACGGACGGACGGACGGACGCACGGACGGACGACGGACGCUGCGCGAUCACCAAAAAAAGUUCUAAAAAGUUACAAAAUAACCUACUUAUAGUAACAUAAAAGGGAAGUUAUUCAAUAAAACUUUUUGUAAGUGAACAAAAAAGGAAUCUGUCAAAUAAAAACAAUAGCAUCGCAAUGCAAAGCAACAUAAACACAAAAUUAAGUCACGUGACUUUUUACCUCUAAGUGUGACCUUUACCUUGAAGCGAGUCAUUUGCUGUGCACGUCGUCUCAAUGUGGUGAACAUUUGUGCCAAGUUUUUUUUUUUGAAAUCCUUCAAGCAGUUCAAGAGUUACAGAUCGCACUCGAAACAAAGUUAUAUGACCUUUGACCCAUAAGUGUGACAUUGACCUUGUAGCCAGCCAUCCAAAACAUGCGCUUUGAUGGACAUUUGUGCAAUAUUUCUGUAAAAUCCUUCAAACAGAUCAAGAGUUACAGAGCGGACACGAAACAAAGUAACACGACCUCGACCCCUUAGUGUUACCUUUACCUUAACGCAAACCACCUGAUACAAGCGCUCUGCACGUCGUCUUGAUGCGGAGAACAUUUGUAUCAAGUUUGUUUAAAAUCCUUCAAGGGGUUCAUGAGUUACAGAGCGGAGUCGAAGUUGCUAACGGACAGACGGACACACAGGCAGACAGACGGUCAGAUGAGCACCUGGGGUAUCUCAAAAUACGUUCUUUCGGGCGUAUAAUAACAACAGAGGAAUGGAGACGCAAAAUGUAAUGUUUUCUACAGUUUUCACACUGUUUUACCUGCUGACCUAAAUUUUGAUCCCAGCUGACCCAGUUUAGAUUUUUUUCAUUUCGGAUGACGACGACGAUGCAAUACGGAUACAUUGCGAUCAGAUUAGCUCAUCUUUUCAACUUUGCCUCAGAUGCGCAACUUGUUAUAUUAAAGAACAUUUUAGGAAUGUGUUAUGACGCUAGAUCAAAUACUUUUUGCGAUAUGCAUAACAAAACAUUUCUCUGGAGAACAGACGGACGGACAGACAUUAUAGGUAAGUUUUCCUACUACACAUAACUUAAAAUUAUCAUGUUGAGACAGUCCCCUUGAAACAUCGAUCGCCUUAGGUGUUCACAGUCCACGUAGACUUAAUUCGCAAAUGUCUACUAGGACUCCAUGAGUCUUGUUUUUGCAAUGAGAUAUAACAAUUUAUAUUAUAUCAGAAACAGGUGUUUACCAGAUCAAUUGCUGUAUUUGUAAAUUAUUUAUAAACAUAUCUUACAUUGCACUUAUGAUUGUAAUAAUUAGAAAUAUGUAAUAAAGAAAUAGUUUGUAACACA